GAUUGGUCCAAAGAUUGGGUUAGAAUGUCGCUUCACUGCAUCAUAAAUCAUUUGCAUAAAGUUGAGAAAAUUUCAACUUCUUGUUGCUUUGCCGCUUUGUCGAUUGUCGGCUCUCACUUGUCACCUCUCACAUGUCGCAGCGACAAAUCGCACCCUGCCAUAGGAAAUGAAUGGUGGCCUGUCGCGUUGUCGCUUUCCAGUGUGAAUGAAGGGGCACACGCACGCAGAAACAUACAGGACGUAUGUGGAGUGGGACAUCCCGUCAGACAACAGUAGAAUAAAGAGACUAGCUGACUGUAAUCUCACAGUGAAACACUGUGAAACUCAAUGCUCUGCUCUGAAAUUAGAAAACUCCUCCCUGAUAGAGCUGGACCUCAGUAACAAUGACCUGCAGGAUUCAGGAGUGGAGCUGCUCUCUGCUGGACUGAAGAGUUUACACUGUAAACUGCAGAAACCCAGGGUGGAAAAUAGAGGGAAAAUCAGAAUCAAACCAGGACUAAAGAAAUACGGCUGUGAUUUGACACUGGAUCCAAACACAGCACACCCUCGUCUCUCUCUGAGUGAGAAGAACAGGAUGGCGGUGAGGAGAGAGGAGCUGGAGUCAUAUCCUGAUCAUCCAGAGGGGUUUAAUGUGUAUCUGCAGGUUCUGAGUAGAGAGAGUUUUACUGGGCGCUGUUACUGGGAGGCUGAGUGGAGUGGGAGGGGAGGAGCUAAAUUAGUUCUGAGUUAUAAAACCAUCCGCAGGAAAGGAGUGAGUUUUGACUGUCAGUUUGGAUGGAAUAGAAACUCCAUGAGUCUGUUCUGCUCUGAUAAUGAAUACUCUGUUCAUCACAAUCUAAACAUCACUAAACUCCGCCCUCCUCCCUUCGGCUGUAGGAGAGUAGGAGUGUAUGUGGACUGUCCCUCCGGCAUUCUGUCCUUCUACAGCGUCUCCUCUGAUACACACACACACACACACACUCACACACAUUCUACACCACAUUCACUCAGCCCCUCUAUGCAGGAUUUGCUGUUUAUGAUGACUCCUCAGUGUCUGUGUGUGACAUAGAUUAACCUUUCCGGUGUGUGUGUGUGAGUGUGUGUGAGUGAAUGUUUGUGUAAGUGUAAGUAUGAGUAAGUAUGUGAUUGUGAGGGUGAGUGAAUGUGAUAGUGUGUAUGAGUGUAUGGGUGUGUGAGUGGUGAAGGGUGUGAUUGGAGAUAACCACACCUUCACACUCUUAUUCUUAAAUGUUUUAUACAUUUAUAUAUACAGUUAUUAUUUUUACUGUUCACAUUAUAAUUCACUUAAUAACCUUAUGAUCUCUGCUCUCUUUUUAACUGUCACUAUGACAAGGCUUUGGAGGUUGUUUUUACUUUUUCAGGAAUCAGGAAGGUCAGAGUGUUUUCAUCAACAAUGAGAGCUGUGAGGAGAACGUGACCCUGAGUGGCAGAGAAGCUUCACUGCUUUUCUGCUGUUCUGGGACCAGUGCAUAUGAACUAGGAGACAACAAGCUCUCUGAGUGAAGUGCUGGGAACCUCUCCUCAGAUAGCCAGCGCAUGCCUGUUCUACACGGCGUAAAGUCGCACACAGGCCAGAAGAUCUUUCCAUCCACUCUUUUCCUCCGUUUCAUCUUCUCACAGACUUUAGGACACUUAAGGACUGUCUGCUGUUUUCAUGAAGGACACAGCGCUGAACAACAUCAUGAUAAGAACAGACAGGCUGGAGCGGAUCACGUCAUUAAAACUGGACAACAUGCUGUUAACUGGACUUUGCUGACGUAAUCAUAUUGAUAAGUUCUGUUCAAUCACGUCAUUUGCAUAAAUGUAUAACUGCUUGGAUGAAGUCUGAGGAGUUCUCUCUGUCCCUCGACUGGCUUUAGUUUCUUUCUCUUUCUUUCUCUCUCUCUCUCUCUCUCUCUCUCUCUCUCUCUUUCUCUCUCUUUCUCUCUCUCUCUCUCUCUCUCUCUCUCUCUCUCUCUCUCUCUUCUCUCUCUUUCUCUCUCUCUCUGGGUUGCGAAUGUGUUGAUCUAUCAAGAUUGUAUUCGUUGAUGUACUUUUACUCUUUUCUAAUAUAUAUCUAUUUUUUUUUGUUCCUUUUAUAUAUCUGUAAUGCUGAAACUAUUUUUCAAGUAAACUUUAAUAUAUUUUAAAUUCUAA